GAACCUUGGCAACAACCAGUUUGGCGGACCCAUUCCAGACUUCUUAGGAUCACUUCCGAGCCUCAUGGAGCUGGAGUUGAGGAACAACCGGUUUGUGGGAGGCAUUCCUCGCACCUUCACUGGGCUGGUGUAUAUGCGUGAGCUGUCCGUGGGUGGAAAUAAGCUCAACAGUGGACUCGAUGUUGUUUCUGACAUGCCCUGGCUCGCCAUGCUGAAUUUGAAGAGCAACAACUUCUCAGGGACUGUGCCUGCCUCCCUCUCAUCGCUCACCGCCCUCCAAUUCCUCGAGUUGGGCGAGAAUCAAUUCUCAGGAAGCUUCCCCUCAGUUGUCCUCACCCUCACCAACCUCAACGCCCU